AUGAACGCCGUGGUGCAGUGCCUGAGCAACACGGCGCCGCUGGCCGAGCGCCUGGCGCUGGGCCGGUACCGCGCCCGCGGCGAGGUCACGCAGCGGCUGGCGGCGCUGGUCCGUGCGCUCUGGACCCGCGACUACACCCCGCAGCUCUCCGCGGAGUUCAAGAACAUCGUCUCCAAGCACAGCUCGCAGUUCCGGGGCAACGCUCAGCACGACGCGCUCGAGUUCCUGCUCUGGCUGCUGGACCGAAUGCACGAGGACCUGGGCGCCGCCUCGCCCGCCCAGCCGGGCCGCGGCCCCACGCCGCCUGGCAAGGACGGCAGCGGCGGUGCCAGCAGGUCCCCCCCGGGCACCCAGCACCCCCGCGGGCAGAGCUUCGUGCAGAGCCACUUCCAGGCCCAGUACAGGUCCUCCCUGACGUGCCCUCACUGCCUGAAGCAGAGCAACACCUUCGACCCCUUCCUGUGCAUCUCGCUGCCCAUCCCGCUGCGCCAGACCAGAAACUUGGGGGAGGUUGCAGAGCUAUCCAGCCCCCUGCCGUCCCCAGCCAAGGUGCAGGAGGAGAUCGAUGCCGUGGUGGGCACCGGCCGAGCCCCCAGCACGGAGGACAAGCUGCGGAUGCCCUACACCAACGCCGUGAUCCACGAGCUGCAGCGCUUCCACAAGACCCGCAUCGAGAACUUCCCGCGCAUGACGACGCAGGACGUCCUCUUCAGGGGCUACACCAUCCCCAAGGGCACUCCUGUCAUUCCGGUGAUUUCCUCUGUGCAUUCGGAUCCCACCCAGUGGGAGAACCCCAGGAAAGUGGACCCCGCACACUUCUUGGACGAGAAGGGCGAGUUCCGGAAGCGCGAGGCCUUCAUGGCAUUCUCGGCAGGGAAGCGGAUGUGCCCAGGGGAGGCGCUGGCCCGCAUCGAGCUCUUCCUCUUCCUCACCACGCUGCUGCAGAGCUUCACCUUCCAGCUGGCCACGGAGCACGGGGAGCUGGAUCUCUUCUCCCUGUGGCUCGAGAUUGAGAGGAGGGCGAUCCCGGGCAGGUUCUUCGCUAUCCCACGCUCGCUGUCCUCCUGA